AUGCCAUCCGAGGUUCCAUUUGUUCAGACACCCAGCUUUAUUUCUGGAGGCGGAACAUUUUCUAUUUUUGCCGAAGGCCGCACGAUUUGGAUAGCUGGUCAACUAAAACCAAAGGAGCUGGCCACUCAACGUGCCACAUUUCAGGUUUUGGGUGAAAUUGAGGAAGGAAUAAGUGCUCUUGCCUGCGGCUGGGAUUUUAUUCUGGUCUUGUCUCAAUCUGGGAAGCUUUACUUCGGGGGUCACAACACUCCCGGCUUCUUGCUCAAGGAUAUGCCCAUCACAAAGUGGUUAGAUGGCCUUGCUUCUGUGACAAAUGUACCCCCAAUUCAACACAUAGCAGCUGGUCUUUGUCACGCAGUUGUUAUUUCCGAUGCAGGAAAUGUCGGUGUGUGGGGGGAUGUGCGCUUUGGGCAGGGCGGCAUAUCGCCCUGCCUGCUUAGUGAUGAGAAAGGACGUUCUGGAAGAACCGAUCAAAUCCAAUGGAUACGGAACGAGUUUUUUGAUAAUGACCGAAUAAUUGAUAUUCAGUCAGGUUGGAGUCAUAUUCUCGCACUCACUGAAAGUGGCAAAGUGUUUUCUUGGGGUCGCAAUGAUUUCGGUCAACUUGGCCGUCAAUCGCCCAUUGGUCAGAUGUCAAAUAAUGGGCGAUUGGGUGCCUCCUGGCCAGUAAGUGGACUGACCUUCGAUGCAACCCCGAGACCCAUUCCUCUUCCCUCAAAGAUAGUGGCCAUUUCAGCAGGCUCAGAACAUUGUCUUGCUCUAGACUCGGCCGGCGGCGUGUGGGCUUGGGGUUGGAAUGAGCAUGGAAUGUGUGGCACCUCAGGAAAUUGCUCCGUUGCACUUUCUGACGAAGAGCUCAGCGAGCCCCUAACGCCCUCCCACCCAGGAUGGUGUAUUCGGGAACCAAGACCUGUACAGUUGGUUGGAAAAGCUACGUGCAUAGCUGCUGGCUAUGGACACUCGAUGGCCUUAACGAAUACGCAACCUUCUCAGUGA